GUAGCCCAUGGACGGAUGGCUGAGAAAGAAGCUCGGAGAAAGUUCAAGCAGAUUGUAGCUGCUGUCCACUUUUGUCACUGUUGUAACAUAGUUCACAGAGACUUGAAGGCAGAGAAUCUGCUGCUGGAUGCUAACCUUAACAUCAAAAUAGCAGAUUUUGGGUUCAGUAACAUCUUCACACCUGGCCAGCUGCUUAAAACCUGGUGUGGGAGUCCCCCCUACGCGGCCCCCGAGCUCUUUGAAGGGAAGGAAUAUGAUGGGCCGAAGGUUGACAUUUGGAGUCUUGGUGUGGUCCUGUAUGUGCUGGUCUGUGGUGCUCUGCCCUUCGAUGGGAGUACUCUGCAGAAUCUGCGGGCAAGGGUGCUUAGUGGGAAAUUUCGCAUUCCAUUUUUUAUGUCCACAGAAUGUGAGCACUUGAUCCGCCACAUGCUGGUGCUGGACCCAAGUAAGCGACUGUCAAUGGACCAGAUCUGCAAACACAAGUGGAUGAAGCUUGGGGAAGCUGAUGCAGAGUUUGACAGGUUAAUAGCAGAAUGUCAGCACCUGAAGAUUGAAAGGCAGAUGGAACCACUGAAUGAAGACGUGCUCUUAGCAAUGGUAGAGAUGGGGCUGGACAAAGAGCGCACGCUACAGUCACUAAGGACAGAUGCCUAUGAUCACUACAGUGCAAUCUAUAGCCUGCUGUGCGACCGGUUAAAGAGACACAAGAAUCUGCGCAUUACAGCACCUCCCAGUGUGCCACGGACCAUGGCCUUCCCCACACCAGCUAACAUCCAGGCGGAACAGGCAGGCAACCCCGUGAGUAUCAAUGUGCCACAAGUCCAGCUCAUCAACCCUGAGAACCAGAUCAUAGAGACUGAUGGAACAAUGAACUUGGACAGUGACGAAGGGGAAGAGCCAUCCCCUGAAGCCCUGGUCCGCUAUCUCUCAAUGAGAAGGCACACUGUUGGAGUCGCAGACCCACGCACGGAAGUGAUGGAAGAUCUCCAGAAGCUCCUGCCAGGCUUCCCUCGUGUCACUCCCCAGGCACCGUUCCUGCAGGUGACUCCAAACAUGAACUUCAUGCACAAUAUGCUGCCUAUGCAGAACCUGCAGCCGACUGGCCAGCUGGAGUACAAGGAGCAGUCCUUGCUGCAGCCCCCCACUCUGCAGUUGUUGAAUGGAAUGGGCCCUCUGGGGCGGCGGGCUUCAGACGGUGGAGCCAACAUCCAGCUGCACGCACAACAACUGCUGAAGCGUCCUCGAGGCCCUUCCCCACUCGUCACUAUGACGCCAGCCGUGCCAGCAGUUACCCCUGUGGAUGAGGAGAGCUCCGAUGGGGAGCCGGAUCAGGAAGCUGUGCAGAGAUACUUGGCAAAUAGGUCAAAAAGGCACACUCUGGCAAUGACCAACCCUACAGCUGAAAUCCCUCCAGACUUGCAGAGGCAGCUAGGACAGCAGUCUUUUCGAUCCCGGGCUUGGGCUCCACACCUGGUACCCGAUCAGCACCGCUCUGUUUACAAGGACUCAAACACCCUGCACCUCCCCACUGAGCGCUUCUCCCCGGUUCGCCGCUUUUCUGACGGUGCUGCCAGCAUCCAGGCGUUCAAAGCCCACCUGGAGAAAAUGGGCAAUAACAGCAGCAUCAAACAGCUUCAGCAGGAGUGUGAGCAACUACAGAAGAUGUACGGUGGGCAUAUGGACGAGAGAACCCUGGAAAAGACACAGCAGCAGCACAUGUUGUACCAGCAGGAGCAGCAUCAUCAAAUUCUCCAUCAGCAGAUUCAGGAUUGUAUUCGCCCACCUCAGCCAUCUCCACCCUUGCAAGCUCCUUGUGAAAACCAGCCAGCUUUGCUCACCCACCAGCUGCAGAGGUUACGGAUUCAGCCAUCUAGUCCACCCCCAAACCACCCUAAUAAUCAUCUCUUCAGGCAGCCAAAUAGCAGCCCCCCUCCUGUGAAUAGCAGCAUGCUACAGACUCAUGGUGCGGCCUCUCAGUCCCAGUUCCAAGGGAUGCCUUCCCACAGUGCGAUCUUCCAGCAGUCUGGUAACUGUUCCCCUCCCCCGAACGUGGCACUGACAUGCAUGGGCAUGGCGCAGCAGCCGCAGCCGGUCACCAUCCAAGUGCAAGAGUCCGGAGAGAUGCUCAGCAACAACCUUCUGCAAGGGGCAGCUGUGGCAGGGCAGGGCAUGUCCCCUCACCCACGAGGCAUGUCUAUCAACCCGAGUGCCAAUCAGAUCCAAAUGCAGCACCGCGCUAACCUGAUGGCUUCUCUCACGUACGGUCACAGGCCACUGUCCAAGCAGCUCAGUGCUGAUAGUGCAGAGUCGCACAGCUUGAACAUGAACAGGUAUCCCCCUGCUAACUAUGACCAGGUGCACUUACAUCCCCACCUGUUCUCCGAUCAGGCCCGUGCAUCCCCCAGCAACUACAGCCCAUCAGUAGGGGUGGGAUUCCCCACAACGCAGCAAGCCCUGAAGGUCCCUCAACUUGAUCAGUUCCCUAGCUUCCCUCAAAGCGCACAUCAGCAGCAGCCGCAGCACUACACGGCAUCGGCACUACAGCAGGCACUGCUGUCCCCAACUCCGCCAGAUUACAGCCGACACCAGCAGGUACCGCAUAUCCUCCAGGGACUGCUUUCCCCCCGGCACUCGCUCACGGGGCACACGGACAUGCGACUGCCCCCAGCAGAAUUUGCACAGCUCAUCAAGCGGCGGCAGCAGCAGCAGCAACAGCAGCAGCAAGAAUUUCAAGAGUUGUUCAGGCAUAUGAGCCAAGGAGAUGCUGGGAAUAUGAGCACCAGCAUGGGACAGAACCUCUCAGAGCGUCAGUCGUUGUCUGUGCCUUAUCAGAAUGCUGACACGUACCAUCACAACAGCCCCCAACAUCUCUUAAAAAUCAGGGCACAAGAAUGUAUCCAGCAGGUAUCUGCAGCAGUGGCACCACAUGGGUAUGUACACCAGCCAGCUCUGAUCCAUUCGGAGAGCAUGGAGGAGGACUGUGCAUGUGAGGGUGCCAGGGACAGCUUUCCGGACACUAAGAGUUCAAAUACAUUGACCAAAGGUGGCCAUGAGAACCCACUGCUUUUAAAUGCAGGAGGGCAUGGGGACCCAGAAUCGCUGCUAGGAACUGUUAAUCAGGGGCAGGAAUUGGGGACGCAUCAUUACAGACAUCAGCCAGCUACCGGAUUCAGUAGGAAUAAGGUGCCCAGCAGAGAAUCCAUUGUAGGGAACUGUAUGGACAGAAGUUCUCCAGGACAAGCUAUGGAGAUGCCCAAUCAUAAUGGAUUGGGUUAUUCUGCAAGACCAGCUUCCAUUGAACACCACAGACCCAGGACUUUGCAGAGACAUCACACCAUACAGAACAGCGAUGAUGCCUAUGUCCAGUUGGAUAACUUGCCUGGAAUGAGUUUAAUGGCUGGAAAAGCACUAAGCUCUGCUCGGAUGUCUGAUGCAGUACUCAGCCAGUCAUCGCUCAUGGCCAGCCAGCAGCUACAUGCCAGGGAGAGCGAGGACUGUGGGGAAAGUUUGGAAGGUCAAGAGCACCCAAAUCUAGCUGAUGUCAGCCAGCAUUUAAACACCUCUUGUUAUCCAUCUACGUGUAUUACAGACGUCCUCCUGAGCUACAAGCACCCGGAGGUGCCCUUUGGGAUGGAGCAGGCUGGGGUGUAGCAGGAGGAGGGAGUUUUGUGUACAGCUUUGAAAUGAAAAGGUCCAUUUUAAACCAACAGUAUCUAGCAGCAUUGCACCAAAUCGCCAUAGUAUUUCUCACUGAAAUAUCAUGGCUCCUUUCCCCAUAAUCAGUUCCUCAGUGUGUCGUUCCUUUGGUUUCUUUCGUUUCUGCCAUAUUUGCCUGUAACUUCAGCUAUCAUAGAGCUAACCAGAGAACCUGAGUCCUACACCCUGUGUGAAAGGAUUGAUGGAACUUGAGUUUUGCAUUUGGUUUGGAGGGGGUUUUAAAUGCGAAGGGCCAGGCAAUCACAGAUGGUGCAGACUCAGGCGUUCUCCCCUUCAUCCAACCCCGCUCUUAAGGCCUGUCCAACAUCCUCUUUUUCUGGGGACAAGGAGGAGAGCAUGGGACAAAUGCCUUCCUGGAGCCUGCCUGAAUAGGGGAAGCAAGGG